CUAGCUCGCCCGUCGCAGGAAGAAUAUCCCGUGUGGUAUUUCUUCUACGGUACGCUCGGGGAGCCUGACCGGCUCAAAUCGCUGCUGGGCUUGAAGAAGGGGCCGAAGCUGAGCCCGGCGAGCGUGAAGGGCGGGAGGAUUAGGAUGUGGGGGAAGUACCGUGCGCUUGUUGAUGGCAGCCCGGAUGAUGGCGUGAGUGGCGUUGCGUAUGAGGUGCAGAAAGAGGAGGAUGAGCAGAAUCUGAGGAUAUAUGAGAGUGCGAAGUAUGAGGUUGUGAGGUGUAAGAUUCAGUUUAGGGAUGAUGGGAGGGAGGUUUGGGGGUUAACGUUUAGGUUCUGUGGCGGAGAAGGUCUG